UAGUGAUUCAUUACUAAAUCUCGAUUAUUCAAUGGAGUGUUGUGUUCUACAGAGUUUAUGUCAGAUGGUGCUGAGGUGUUCUUGACCCACACCGAGGACAUGCCUGUGUCUGCUGAGGUCUACUGGUCCGCCUUUCGGGACUUCGUGGAACUGCAGCUGCACAUGGAGGGGCACGAGAACCUACGUGUUGUUAAAGGUUAUGGGGCGGUGGGCACGGUGGUGUCCUUCUACUACGACCCGGCAGACCUGGCCGAGGGGCAGCGGGAGAUGAAGCUGGUGGAGAAGGACGAUACCACUCGUACAUGGAGGGUCCAGGAGGCGGAGUCAAACGAUUUGUACAAGAAAUACGAGAUGACAAUAAAGGUUGAGGGAACCAGCACGGCCAGGGUGACCAUAUCAGUCCGCUUCGUGUCCGCCAUUAAAGACAGGAACAAACGUCGCCAGGAUAUCGGCUACCACAUGGUUCAUCUUCUGGGAGCUCGCAUCCGGGACAUUCUGAACUUCGUUGUCCGUGAAAGGGUCGGAGGAAAACACCGGUUUGAACUGGAUGUCGGCUGUUCUCGCGAGAAAAUAUGGGGCAUUGUGGGAAACUGGAAUGACGUCACAUGGAUACGCGAGGCUACGAGCACCGUUGUCAAAGGACUCCACCGAACGAUCUACUUCACCAAGGACCGUUCUCUGAAGGUCCGUCUGGCCUGGGCUGACUCCAGUGACUACCUGUUCGUGUAUGAGGGAGACAACAGUCCGGAAUUCCUGCACUGCAAGUACUACAGGGGAAGGCUGCAGUUCUUCGCCGUGAACCCUAACAAGGUGAAGGUGGUGUACGACUGUUCCUUCCUGCCGGCGAAGGACGCUCCUGUGGAACAGUUCAAGACAUGGUUCGUACCAGCUAUCGCCAGCAGGAUAGAAUGGCUCAAGGAAACCUUUGGGGAGCAGAAGGCCAGUCAGAAGGAAUCAAACAAAAGUACGAGACCUCCAGUUUUCACGAAGGGCGCGUACGCCUCAGUCGCCCGGGGCAUCGUCAGAGGACCUGUGGAGGACGUGUGGAAAGCGUUUAGGCCUUUUGGACGGGACUGCAUGGAGUACUGGAAGAUCUACGAGAGUAUGGAGAUCGAGGCUCCCGGAAAUGACGUACAAGGCUGCAUCCGGCGUUUUGUUACUUCCAAAACGAAGAGUAAAAUCAGGGAGAGGCUGGAAUGGAGGGACGACAAAACACAUGUGGAAAUCUACAGCCUCCUGAGUAUGGACCCUCCACCUCCGGUUGCCAUGGACAACGUGUACACAACAAUUACUAUGACAGAACUUGGAGAGAAAGAGACUGAAGUGAAGUUCGAGUGUACCUUUGACGUCAGCGUGUCGUUUGCGGUGUCCCGUAUCCAAGACAACCAGAAGGCGGCCUACACGGCGUGCAUCACCGGGCUGCAGCAGCUCUUCCACUCCGAGGUCGGGACGCUAGAGGUCGUUGUUGGGAGCGCCUCUGAUCUGGCACGCACUGACGGCUGGUGUGACGCUGACCCGUACAUUGUCCUCGCGGUGAAUGAUGGGAAGCCUGUGACGACAAAGGUCUGCCGGGCUACCCAGAAUCCUAACUGGGACGAGCGGUUUGAGCUGUCAGUGACUUCCCGCAGCAGGAACGUCAUCUUUACAAUCAUGGACCGAGACACAGUCGGACAGGACGACAUCAUGGGGACAGCUAACGUCAACCUGGACGAGCUGACGUCAGGCCAGGAGAAGAAGAAGACUCUGGACGUGCAGCAGGGAGGAGGGACGCUAAACGUCAGGCUGUACCUGAAGAUGCACGACAAACCCAAGGAAGCUCAGGAAGGAGGAAAACUUGUGAAACAGAUCAGCCUGCCGUUCCUGGCCCCGGUCUUCCAGAGCGAACUGGACGUCAUCAGGAACGAGUUCACCAGCCUCAUCACGUCGUUCCUUGGACAAGGCCAGAAGUACGAACUGGAGAAAACCAAACGUCUCCGGAGCCACCCCGAUGUUCCACUAGAGGAGAUGCCGGCAGCCUGUGUUCCCAUGCCCACGGCGGAGAUGUUCACUCCGGUUAAAGCAGGGAGACUAAUGCAGCGUCUCAUGGAGUUUAUCGGGUCUCAGGCUCAGAUUAUGGUCCGUCUUGCGGAAGUCAAGGGCAUCUGGGACCCGUGGAAGGUCAACUUCAGCGGCUACCUGCCUGCUAACGAGAGGCUGAUAGAAGAGUGGCAGAAUGACGCAGAGUUCUGCCGGCAGUAUCUUCAGGGCAUCAACCCCAUGCUGGUGACCGUGUGUAAGGACCAGAGCCGGAUCCCAGCAGAAAUGCUCGGACUGAAAGGACAAGGCAAGACCACCCUGCAGCUCAUGGAAGAGAACAGGCUGUUCAUCGUGGACUACGCGCCCAUGCUCGGUGUUCCCGCUACUCCGGGCAAAUUCUUCUACGCGCCCAUCCUGCUCAUGUUCAACGAACAGCUCCCAGGCGGAAAGAAUCGUCUUAAUUUGCUGGGUAUACAACUCAACAGAAACAAGGGUAGAAAUGAGGUGUACUCACCAGAGACAGCCAAGACCCACCCAAACAAGUACAUGUUCGCCAAGAUGCACGUGAUGUCAGCUGACAACAACGUGCACCAGUUCCUGUACCAUCUGGGCUACACUCACCUCGCCAUGGAGCCCAUCGCGGUGUCCCUGCACACCUACCUGCCCCCGGACCACCCCGUCCACCGCCUGCUGCUGCCGCACUUCAAGGACACCAUCGGCAUCAACUACCUGGCGCGCCACUCGCUCGUCUCCCGCAUCUUCCCCAUCACCGACCCGAUGUUCGCCACGUCCACUAUGGGAGGACUCGUCAUGUUCAUCAACGAGUGGCGCAAGUACAACUUCAUGGACAUGGCAUUUCCCGAUGAGCUGAAACGUCGAGGUUUUGACGAGGCUGGGUCUGAUGGUUUGACAGACUACCUUUAUCGGGAUGACGGCUUCAAACUGUGGAACAUCUACAAGACGUACGUGACUGGAAUGGUUAAUGAGGCUUACACAAGUGACACGACAGUGGCAGCUGACAAAGCCCUGCAGAAGUUUUGCCAGAUGAUUGAAGGUCCCGGGCAGCUUCACGGAUUCCCUCACGAGAUUCCGACCAAGCAGCUGCUGAUCGACUGUCUGACCAACAUCAUCUUCAACGUGAGCGCACAGCACUCCGCCAUCAACUUCCCGCAGUAUGACUACUACUCCUUCGUGCCCAACAGGCCGGCCCAGUUGUCGAUACCGAUGCCUGACGGACCGAACGACAUGUUACAGUCCGCUGUACUCGAGGCCCUGCCACCUCCACAGUUCACGACUCUGCAGGUCCUUCUGUCCUACAUGUUGUCCAUGCCGUCACAGACUGCAAUCACAGGGGUGGAAGCCAUGAAGGAUGUGUAUCCUGGGGUCCAUGAGGAAUUCAACAAGAAUCUUGUGUACCUCUCCGAGGACAUCAAGGCUCGUAACGACCAGCUGAAGAAGGACGGGAAGGUCCCCUACACUUACCUGGAUCCGGAAAACGUUGCCAUGAGCAUCGACAUCUAGUC